AUGCACGUCUGCAUGGAAACAUCGCCUCCCUCCAAGCCUGAGCUCUUGGAGGAGCAGGGCUUGCGCUUGGUACUUUCCUCUCAUGUUCAUUUACUAAUGCUGGUUGAUUUAGUCGUGACUAAGAACAAGGGAUGUGCGCCGGCUGCGCCAAAGUGCAAGGCACCUCCCUCCACGCAAACGACUGCACCGGAUGCUGGAGAAUCUGAGGUGGAGGUCGUGGGUGAGACUACGGUUGAUGAACCCAUCACCACUACUUCAAAGGAAAUUGUCAUGCAGCGACCAAAGCGUCCACUCGCCUCUGGUGCUGUACCUGCACCAAAGUGUCCUCGCCUGGAUGCUGAUACUGAGUUGGAGGAGGCAUGUGCUGAGUCCACUCGACUUCGUGCUGAGAAUGCUGAGCUUUGUGCUCAGAAUGACAAGUAUCAGGUCGCGCUGACCGAUAGGCGUCAGCACUCCUGA